AUUUCAGCUCGGUACUCAGCGAGGGAAGGCACUCAAAAAUUCGAUCUUUUUGGGGACGAGACGAUGGCUCUCACGAACCAGCGCUUGCCAUUCCCGUUCCGCCAUCCUCCUCCCGCUCACUUCACCAGAUCCUGCUCCGUCCCCGCCAUCUCCACCACCUCCAGCAGCAGCAACAACAACAACAACAGCAACCCUCCCUCCCUAUCCGCAGCCUCUCCCUCUCCCUCUUCUCCCAUCUUCCUUCCUCACCUCCAGCAACAUGAAGAGCAGCAGCUGCUGCUGCGGCGGCGGCGGCGGCGGCCGGAGGUGCUGCCGCAGUCGCAGCCGCGGCGGGCGGAGGAAGACGGCAGCGGCGACGACCCAAUUCUCAGAUUCUUCAAUUCUCGCGCCCCCGCCCCCGAUCCGCCGGGCGAAGGGCGGGUCUCCCUCCAGAGCAACCGGCGCUCUUCUUGGCGCCUCGCUCCCGACGGCUUCGGUGCGGAUACCGAUGCCCAGGAUGCGUCGGCGCCGGCCGUCGGAGAUGCGGAGGAGAUGGGGUCUUCUGGGUCGGCCCCGAAAGGGUCGCCCGAGGGCGUGGUCGGCGAAAUUUUGAAACUUGCGAGGAGGUUGCCGGUGAACACGACGUUGGGGGAGUUGUUGGGGGGUUUCGAGGGGAAGAUUAGCGCGAAAGAGUGCGUGGAGGUGUUGGGGAUUAUGGAAAGGAGGGGCUUGUGGGGAAGCAGCGUCUACUUUUUCGAGUGGAUGGGGUUGCGGGAGCCGUCGCUUGUUACCGCUCGAGCAUGCUCCGUCAUGUUUCCCAUGUUGGGAAGAGCUAAAAUGGGGGCCAAAUUGCUGGUCUUGUUCGAAAACCUGCCGAACAAGGAAGAGUUCAGGGAUGUUCGUGUUUACAAUUCUGCUAUUUCAGGGCUGAUGAGCUCCGGCAGCUACGAGGAUGCUUGGAAGGUGUAUGAGGCAAUGGAGGCUAAUAAUGUUCAGCCGGAUCACGUGACAUGCUCUAUAGUCAUCACAGUCAUGAGGAAGAAUGGCCACAGUGCUAAAGAAACGUGGGAGUUCUUUGAGAAGAUGAAUAGAAAGGGAGUUAAAUGGAGUUCAGAAGUUAUGGGUGCUCUAAUAAAAUCAUUCUGUGAUGAGGGGCUGAAGAAGGAAGCUCUUAUUAUCCAAGUGGAAAUGGAAAAGAAAGGUAUCCCUUCAAAUGUCAUCGUAUACAACACAUUAAUGGAUGCUUAUAGCAAAUCCAAUCAGAUUGAAGAAGCUGAGGGUCUCUUUGCUGAAAUGAAAGUAAAAGGCCUCAAACCCACUGCUGCCACGUUUAAUAUCCUGAUGGAUGCAUACAGCAGAAGGAUACAGCCUGAGAUUGUUAAAAAGUUUCUUAAAGAUAUGCAAGAGAUGGGCUUGGAGCCAAAUGCCACUUCAUAUACAUGCUUGAUUAGUGCAUAUGGCAGGCAGAGGAAAAUGAGUGACAUGGCUGCAGAUGCGUUCAUGAGGAUGAGGAGAGUUGGUAUAAAACCGAAUUUACAUUCUUAUACAGCUCUUGUUCAUGCUUAUUCCGUAAGUGGUUGGCAUGAAAAAGCUUACUCAACAUUUGAGGAUAUGCUAAGAGAAGGAAUCAAACCCUCGAUUGAAACCUACACCACUCUCCUGGAUGCAUUUAGGCGUUCUGGUGACACCAAAAUGUUAAUGACAAUAUGGAAGAUGAUGAUUAUCGAGAAAGUUGAAGGGACACGGGUUACGUUUAACAUUCUCCUUGAUGGAUUUGCUAAGCAAGGUCACUACGUUGAAGCUAGAGAUGUGAUCUCUGAAUUUGGGAAGAUAGGUCUGCAGCCAACUGUUAUGACUUAUAAUAUGCUGAUUAAUGCAUAUGCACGAGGAGGUCAGCACUUGAAGUUGCCCCAACUGUUGAAAGAAAUGGCAACUUUGAAUCUGAAGCCUGAUUCUAUCACUUAUUCGACCAUGAUAUAUGCCUUUGUCCGUGUUCGUGAUUUCAGGAGGGCAUUCUUUUAUCACAAGAAGAUGGUAAAAAGUGGACAGGUGCCAGAUGCCCGAUCAUACCAAAAGCUCAGGGAAAUAUUGGAUGUAAAAGCAGCAUUAAACAAUAGGAAGGACAGGAGUGCUAUUCUUGGUAUAGUCAAUAGCAAAAUGGGUUCAGUGAGACCCAAGAAGAAAGGAAAGAAGGAUGAGUUCUGGAAGGAUCGGAUAAGACAUCGAAGGGUACUUGAUGGGCGUUAAAAAUGUUCUUGGGAAGAAGAGGGAAUUGGACUGUGUUGGUUCCCUGCCUCAGCUAUCUUUGGCUGCCCUUAUGUAUCUGUCCUUGGUUCAUGUCUGGUGAGACAAAUAGGGUGGCCAUGGUUGUUUGCUGCUGGCUAUAAGAUGAUGUGCGCAGUCAUUGCUGUUUUCUCUAUGAAGUGGAGAUUCUUUUGCGGCAAAUCCUGCUGCGCUCAGAAAGCUUGUGUUUUACUGUAUCUAUGCUGGUCAGUGGACUUAAAAAUUCUGUCCCUCAUUCAAAAUGAGCAACUAAAGAAGCUUCACAAGACAAGAAAGAUGACUUGUUGAGGUAUCUUUAAAUGGGAGAUUGAACACUCGAGCUUUGUUCAGUUGCUAAGCAUUGCUGAGCCAAAUUAUUUCCACAAGACCCUAUGGUCAUGCUGUCAAAGGUACUUAUUUGGGGAACCUGGCAUGGUUGAAAGUACAGUAGACAUAUUUGACCUGUGAUCUUAUACAAUUUUUUUUGAUAAUCGAUUAUCCAUUUUAUUGCACAA